AUGUCUCCAAUCAUGGAGAAAAGGAAGGAACAAAUCAAGAAAGGGACACUUAACCCUAUGAACGACGUAUUGUCUUGCAUGUUGUCAUUGGAAACAGAAUCUGCCGAGAAUGGUGAUCAAGAAGAACCCGUUACAAUGAAUGAAGUUAUUGAUAAUUUCGUUGCUAUGAUGAUUGCUAGCCAUGAUAGUUCAGCUUCUGUCUUAACUUGGGUCAUUUGGAAAUUGGCUAAAGAUCGCGAGGUCUAUGAUAAUGUUGUCAGAGAGCAAAUGAGCAUUGUGGACACGAGAAAGCAGCGACAACCGCAAGGUGAAGGUGAAGCUGACGAACGACUAACAUGGGGCGAUGUAGCAAAAAUGAAAUACACAUGGAGAGUAGUACAAGAAGUGAUGAGGGUCAUUCCUCCGUUCUUUGGAAGCUUCAGAACGGCAAUUAAAGACACUAGUUAUGAUGGCUAUGACAUUCCAAAGGGAUGGAAGGUGGUAUUUUGGGUGGCAUAUGCAACACACAUGAACGAUGACAUAUUCAACGAUCCUGCAAAAUUUGAUCCAUCUCGUUUCGACAGCAAGUCAAAUAUUAUUCCCCCUUACUCGUAUUUACCAUUUGGAGCAGGACAUCAUACUUGCGUAGGACUCGAAUUCUCUCGAGUUGAAGCGUUGGUAGUGUUGCAUCAUAUUCGAAUUGUCACUUGUGAAUCCAGAUGA